AUGGUCGGGGAAUAUACCCAGUUCUCUGAAGCUGGAAAAAAGACCAACAUUGCCAGAGGGGUACCCCCCAUGCCAAAAGUGGGGUGUAGCCUGGCUCCGACCAAGCCUCAACUACUAGCAGGCUUGGACAAGAAGAAGGGCCGCCCAAGUCAGACCAGGCAGGACAUGUGGGAAGAUGCCAGCUGGAACCCCCAGAGGUGGAGCAGGGUUGCCCCCAACCCACGGGGUGCCAGGCUGAGAAGCCGGAGUGACAUCAGGGAGGCCAGUCCUGAGAGCGCAGCUCAGGAGCGAAGCAGGGUUUGGAUGCUGCGCCGCGCCUUCCUGGCCCUGCAGGCCGCCCUGCCCACUGUACCACCCCACACCAAGCUGUCCCGGCUCGAUGUGCUGCUGCUGGCUGCCAGCUACAUCGCCCACCUCACCCGCGCACUGGGCUGCGAGCUGCCCGGCCCUACCUGGACACCCUGCCUGCCAGGCCUUCGCUACCUGCACCCUCUUAAGAAGUGGCCCAUGCGUUCUCGUCUCUACAUGGGCAGCCUCGACACCAUCAUAGCCAGCAUCUGGGGCCCAAGAACAGAGGCUCUGACCCAUGCCAGCACCCCCUCACCAGCUCAUGGAGACCAAUAA